GAACAUCACAGUGGCGUUUACGUUGAGAAAUGUAUUACCGCUGCUCAGGGUAAAUAAAAUUACAUGGAUAAUAAACCAAAAUAUAUUGUACAAAUUUUCUUGAUGAAUACAACACACCUCAUGAUCGUUCAGUUACUAUGCACCAGUAGCGUCUUACUGACAUGCACCUGGAUGGCAAGCAUGCAUUUCGCAGUUAUAACCCGGUUAGAAAAAUAGAGUUGAUUACAUUUAAGAUCUUCUAUUAUGAUAAUUGAAUUCCCUCGCUCCCUAUGCAGAUAACAAAAAACUAUGCAGCCAAAGAUAUGCUACUCUUCCAUGGUAAGCAGUAAUAUGCAGUUUCGUUAGUAUACAGCGCAACGCCGGUUUUAUACGCUCACUCCAUCUCCUGCAUCUCUCCCCGGUGGCUAUCCGACAUAUCUGUCGGAGCCUCGUGUACUGGGCCUCGUCUCAACUCCGCUAUAUGGGUAGGAGCUUCACAAAUUUCUGUUUGGGGCUUGCCGCCUGGUCCGAUGGACGGCAUGGCUGAGAUGCUUGCUGCUCUCACUGAGGUUGAAGCGACAGUCAUGGUGUCUCGUAAUGACACUGCAUGCUGGCUUUGUGCUAGUUGAGAGGGUGCUGGGGAUCCCAGUACUGACAUUCCCAUUGACGCCCCAACACUUCUAGCGGAUAGCGCGUUCCAAUCCUGAUUCGGUGAUGAUGCCCCUCCAAGAGGCGAUGGACUAUACUUGUCAAACUGCGAUCGAGGUGAGAAGCCUCCUGUGACUGGGGAGACUGCCGAUCUCGCAGAUCUCAGAGACGCUUGUCCAUGUCCCGACACAAUAGAACGGGGUGCCAUGGAUCCUUGGUAUUGGCUGCCGUGUUGGUGCUGUGAAUUAAUCUCCUCCAUGGUACGCUUGUUGCGACGAAGCACGCAUACGAUUAUAAGCGCAAUCAGUGCGAUGCCUCCAACAGCACCAACUACGCCUCCAACAAUGGCCCCGAUAUUAGGGCCGGAAUCUGUAUUACCCAAAGCCGUACCACCAUCGUUGUUAUGGCUUCGGUCAUCGUCAGCGGCACUGGAACCAGGAUCGGUCACAGUUGAUGAUGUUUUGCGCGGUCCUGAUGAAGAUGUCGUGGGCGAUCCGCGUGCGUUACCACCAGUAUCUGUGGUCGUGGCACCAGCCGCGCUGCCUUCCGUGACUGUCUCGCCAGGUUUGGAGGUUGAAGUUGAUGUGGCGGUUGAUGACGGAGCACUUAUCGUUUUGCCGUUUUCAACAUGUGCAGUACACUUUUUAUCAGAGCAACACAUGAUUCCCGCAUCACCAAACUGAACGCACAUGUUUCCCUUCUGACAAGAGCUUUCAUCGCGGCAACAGGCACCGUCAGCUGGGCUACAGUUGCUUUGGCCGCAGCAUAACUUUCCCGCAUCGCAUCCUCCUUUUGGACAGCAGAUUCUGGCCUUAUCCAAACAGUAGCCGUACUCGCAACAGAUUUCGCCAUCACAGCAUUUAUCGGCACCUGAACUAGGAUUAGCAUUAGGUGAUACCAGCUCGUCGAACAAUAACUUACCAUCACAUUUCUUAUUUCCACGCUGACAUUCCGCCCUUUUAUUUCGUAGAACAUUCAGAACUCCUCGUGGAGUUCUGAGGGCUGCCUCGAUACUGCCAUCCUCGCUCUUGUUGCUACUAGGGUAGAAUCGUGACGGUACGCCGCCAGUGCCGUGGACUAUUUGGUACGUUUCGUAGAGAUGUGCGCCAUUCUCGUCAAUACCGAUAAACCUGGGCUUCAAUUCGUGAUUAAAUAUGGCUGCAGAAGCCAAUGUUGAAACAAGAGCCAGCAGUUGUGUGACGUUGCUCGACUUCAUUGUUAUUGGCCCUCAACGGGCGUCCCGAGUCGUCGUGGCUUCAAGGUGCCAAUCGGCCGAAUAAAGCUUCUGGUGAAUCGCAGUGGUCGCGUCGACAAUUGGUGUGCCAGUUUUUGAACUAAUAAAUUAAAUUGAGACAGGCCUGUAAAUAGAACGAAUGCAUGGCCAAACAAAAUAGAGAAACGAGAGCAAAGGGAGAGAAGACGGGGAGAGACAAUCCGCACAGGAUCAUAGCGCAAAGCGUCACCAGCGCUACUGGGUCUCGAUUCUUAUUAGGGGUUAACGUGCUGGGUGACGACUUAGCCCAACACGGCCGCCGCAGCCUUCAUCUCAGGUUUUUUCUCACUAAAGAGGAAUAGCUCACCUGCGCAAUUGGAGAGGAGGCUGCAGGGGUUCUCCCGCUCUGGUUCACUGGUGAGGCUCAAUGUGGAUUCUGCAGUCACUACGAGGCAACACUAGGCCACUUUUCGCCGCUGUACUAAUUUCACCAGGGUCACAAGUGGUUGACGAAGCCCCAGCCUGACCGUCAGCCGUUUUGAAAUCCAAGAUGCAGCAACGAGACGAGUGGCGCACCUGGGUGUGCCGGAUGCCACAGGGUGGCGGCUUGAAAGGGGGAAUGUAGAUUCUUGCCACAGACUUUCUUCUUUUUUGUCAGAAGCGAAGCCGUUCCGUUGCAAACCCGUUGCUAACACGUGGGGAUGAAGUCUUCAAAGACCAAGACAGCUAGCAGACACACUGGACCAGGCUUGGAGCUAACGUUAGUAUCCGACUCGUUGGGGGGACCACACGGACUCUGUGCAAUACAUGGCAGCGCUUACCACAGCAAUCAUCCAACCAGAGCCAAGUAUCUAGCUGCAGGCGCACAGAACUUUUGGGCGUCGUGAGCCCCGUGGCAGACCAACGGAAGUGGACUUGGUAAGCAUUAGUUCGUGUGCUUUGACGAUGCUCCUGCCUACGAGCCAUACCUAUUUGCGCCCGUCCUUCUGCAUGUCUGGCCACUCAUCCUUGCUGGCGCUGUAUUUGUUGGCAUUCUGGACACCUUAGCCAGUAGCAGCAAGAGAAACAACGAAAUCCUUCGCAGACCCGGCUGUCGCGAGCGUUCUUUGUCGAGAAAACAAAACGGAUCAGCCCACACACACCAAAUUUCCGUCACCAGAAUGCGCCUGCAGCCAUCCAAUCUUCUGCUAAACCCAAUCGGGCCAGCCCGUCGAUGGCCCGGCGUGCGGAUUUUUGGUGCUUCCGACCGGCACACCUCAGCGCCACCACCGCCUGUAAGUUAGGGCCGAGGCUACCGGUUCCAGCGGCCCAGCAGUACUCGGCGGACCGCAUGCGUUCUGCUUACUGCGCCGGUAGGCCUCAGUACGCUUGGGUGAUGCUCAAUUCUACAAUGUAAAAACCAUCAUGAUGGGCCAGAAUAAAAACAGCGGUCGUCAAAAUCACAGAGCCAACUUGAUCUUUUAUCUUUUCUAAUUAAUUUCUUGGUUAUAUUCUUGCAAAUACACUCUCUUCCUCCUUUUUUGGUCCUUCUGGUUUUCUUCUUAACCCUUCCCACUACACCCCAAUCAAGCAAACCUGCAAGCACACCUGCAAGCCAAAAACCCACAGACAUUGCCUAUCAUGGCUCUUACAAGUAGGUCAUCCCUGACCGUGGUGGCACGUGCCUGUCGGAUGCCUUCUAUCACGAACAUCAAUACCAGCCGAUACGUGUCUGCCAUCCCUUCCAUUGCACCGCUUCCAGCAUUAUCCUUACCCGUCACUGCUACACGCAAUGGUAAUCAGAUCCGUUGCAGCUCACACUCUCCCAUGGGCGUAGCCCCAGCCAACGCACGCAAGAAGAUCACAUUGGCUACGCUAAGAUCUCUUUAUAAGAAAGAUGAGCGCAUCACUAUGAUGACAGCUCAUGACUUCCCAAGUGCAUCAGUGGCGGACCAUGCAGGCAUGGAUAUCAUCCUUGUCGGUGAUAGCCUAGCUAUGGUAGCUCUUGGUAUGGAAGACACAAGUGAGGUACUCAUGGACGAGAUGAUACUUCAUUGUAAAUCAGUGGCCCGAGCAACACGGUCUGCCUUUACGGUUGGUGACCUCCCCAUGGGAAGUUAUGAGAUUUCACCAGAGCAGGCCCUUGCCUCAGCUAUCCGCAUGGUGAAGGAAGGCCGCGUACAGUCUAUCAAGCUCGAAGGUGGCAAAGAGAUGGCACCAACUGUCGCCAAAAUCACAACCGCUGGCAUUCCAGUAUUGGGCCACAUUGGCCUCACUCCUCAAAGGCAAAAUGCCUUGGGAGGUUUCCGUGUCCAAGGAAAGAGCAGCGAUGGUGCUAUGAAAGUCUUGGAGGACGCUCUAGCUCUGCAACAGGCUGGCUGCUUUGCAAUCGUCAUCGAGGCGGUUCCGGAAGAGAUUGCUAGAAUUAUUACCCAAAAGCUCAACAUUCCCACCAUCGGAAUAGGCGCUGGUGCUGGUUGUUCGGGACAAGUCCUAGUCCAGACUGACAUGGUUGGAAACUUUCCUCCCGGUCGGUAUCUGCCCAAGUUCGUGAAGAAAUAUGGCGAUGUUUGGGGCGAGACGUUAAAGGCAAUCGAGGCGUAUCGAGACGACGUCAAAAGUGGCCAGUAUCCUGCGGCAGAGCAUACAUACCCAGCUCUGAAGGAUCAGAUAGAGGCGUUCGCAAAGGCUGUCGAGAUCAUGUAGAGGCGUUACUUUCCCCUUGUUGAGCAUUGCAUACGCCAUAGGCGUAGUUCUUUUGGCAUCUCCAGCAUCCAGUUCCAGACAUAUAUCGCGUUGCUUUAGCAUCAAUAGCAUUUUAAUGAUUUCAUCCAAAAGCCGGCGUCAUUGAAUACGCCACAACAAGGUGAUCUGAUGAAUUUUUGAAACACUG